CACAUUUUAUCAAGCAUUUCUUUUUUUUUUUCCUGCAUCCAGUCAAAUUGAGACCUCCGAGACAAGUAAAGCAUGAACUGCUGUCUGACUGAUUAAUUUGACAGCUGUAACACAGUAGGUCAGAAUAACAACUGAACUUAAUCACUUUUAAUCAUUAUUUAUCAAGUUUAAACUGGGUAUUUCCUUGGCUCCUUUAUUAUACUCACUAUUGUAGCUGUAUUUAAAUUUGUACUGUCUUUUGUGUGUAUUGUGCCACUCUGUGCUAAAGGUUUAACUCAUCUGAGUUUUUUAAAUGAGCCCUUCGCUUGAGUAUCACUUCACAAACAAGGCUCGAGUCUGGCCAGCAUGAAUGAAAGAAACUGUGUCACCCAAUAGCGUGGGCUCCAUUGUAUGUGUGAAAGGCCUAAGUAGCACUCAGGGUAUUGUUUUCUUUAAAGGGGAGUCAGGUUACCUUGACAACGGCAGGAUGCCUACCCAUAGGCCCUGAGACAGAGAAAAGGCCCGGUCCGAGAAGGAGGGAAAGAAAGCAAAAAGAAACAAUAAAGGGAGCAAGAUCCUUUCCAGACCUGACUUUAUUUCUUCCUUUUUUUCUCAAGUUUGUGUGUUUUGAAAACAGGCCAGAUGGUUGCCGGUGGGCUAAGAUGGAGACCCGAGGAGGUGAGGGUGUAUGUGUUUGUGUGCAUGUGUGUGUUUGUGUGCAUGCAUGUGUGAUGUCCACUAGCAAGCUCAUCUAUUAGCAGAGACAGCUGACAUCUGUGUAUCUGCUUCACAUUUAAAAACAUGCAACAGCAGUUUGUUUGUGGCAAUUUUUUUGUUACGCUUCAGUAUUUUUGCUGUUUAGUGAACAAGUUUAACCCCCUGGCAGAGAGGCUACAAGCUAAGUUGGCCUUCAUGGCUAUACAUACUGCUAAUAACAUUACUUUAAACGGGUUUUUACCCUAAAGAGUUAACCUCACUCAUGUUGAAAAUGAGCUCUUUCAUGCAUCAGUAGUACUGAAAUGCUUGGGAGUGGAAAAAAUGUAACCAUGCAAUAGAAAUCAAUUAGCAUUUUCUCCAUAUAAUAUUGUUAAUACUGAGCAUGUCUCGUUUGCUUGUAUUCGCAGUGUUUUGACAGUGAGAAGCACCUUGCUGCAAACUGAAGGCCAUGCAUGUUGCACUGAGGCCACGCAGGUACAGCAAGGUUCAGCAAACAUCUUCAUAUAAGUGGAGCACCACUGGCCAGAAAUAAAUCAGAUGUACAAAAGUAACUGAUACUUACUAAUAGAUCUUAGAGGCAUUUUGAAAUGUUGGUUUGGGUUGCCAUCAAAGAAUAACAGAAUAACAGCCUAUGUAACUGUUUGCAUCCAUGAUUAUUUCUUCUCAUAUGGAGCUGGAUUUCCCAACAUCUGACAUCAUUCAUUGCAGAUGUCAGGCCAGCUAUAACAGUGAUUUUAAUGGUACAUCUUACGUUGCGCUUAACUGAAAACUUGUGAUGCCGUGUUGAGAGCUCUGACGGCUUGGAUGUCACAGUGAAUGAUAGAGUAUUACAUAAAGGGUUUGCAGUGAUCUAAAUGUGUAGCUUUAUACGCACAGGGAGAUCCUAAAACUUUUCAUGCAUGGACCUGAGCUUGACCUCACUGUGUUUCUUUGGAUAUGGGUUAGUGAGUUUACUGGUUUGAUGAAAGGAAGGGUGUAGAGACCGUUCACCCUGGCACCGUUAAAUAGAGGCUCAGAGCUCUUGUAAUAUGUGUUUCCCACACGUUUGCAGUCUUGGAACAACUUUAGCUCAUCACAUAGUCUGUAUAUUUGAUGAAAGGCAGUGUUAUUAUUUGCAUCACAUCACUAAUAGAUUUGUGCAUAGAUUUUAUACGUGAAAAGACUAAAGUGGUUUAUUACAAAUAAAAAAAAAAGAAGUAAUGAAAAAUUGACAUUUACGCUCGUGUCCGAUAAGUGAGAGAUAAUCAAAAAUAAAUGACAGCAUAUGCUUAAGAUUCAGACUAAGCCUCAGGGGAAUACAUCAGAUAAAAAAGGCUGAGCACCAAUGAUGUAAGAAGUAUGUAUUCUUUAUGGUGUGCUGUGACAUUCAAGGAGCUUCCCUGUGAAUUGUGCCCUCUAGUGGUUGCCUGGUGCUCUGUCUCUGUCUGUCAGUGUUGACUCUGCUGCUGCAGAGCCUCUGGGUGCCCAUAGAGAUGACCAGGGAUGAGCCUGCUGGGAGAUCACCCGAGGAACAAGGUACCUCCUGCUUAUAUUACUGAGUUAAAGUCUUUAAAAGAUAGAACAGUCUCUUAGGACUUUUAACAACAAAAUAAACAUCCACAUACUCAUAUACACAUGUUGUGGCAUUCGAGCACCACUGAUUUGGAACAAAAUAAAUAAAAGAUGAUCAAAACAAAUACAAUUUUAAAGCACCAAACCUCAUUCAAAUGUGAUUUCCUCACACCAAGGUUUAUUUUGGAACAAAGAGCACAAGGAUUGUAUAUUUUUUCAGAGUUAACCCUCUUCCAGUGUGAGGUGAAGCUUUCUACACAGUGCGCGGUGGGUCUGACAGUUGUGGUUUGUGGCCAACUUAUUACCUUGUCUAAUUCAAUUGUCUGGCUAAACUGUUUCUCCAAAGGAGGGUUUUCAAGACGGCAGUAGACAAUAUUGUUUGUGCAAAAGCUUUUCCCUGGUUUACAUGUGAGGAGACAAAUGUUGUCAACAGUCUCCUCUGGGGAGUAUGUUUUUCCUGUAAAAUCAGCAUUCUUCUCUCAGGCAGCCAGAGAAAAUAAAUUACCAUAUUUUGGCGCUACAAGUCUCAAGAUUUUUGACCUUUGAGUCACAUCUAAACAACAAAAUCAGUAAGCUUCAGUUUGUGCUUAUGGCGGUUCAGGAAAUCUCUCAUUAGUGUUCAGUGGUCUGUUUGAUGAAUUGGUAAGAAAUCAAAGUCUUUAUCUGUCUUAGUUUAAUAUUUUUAUGUGUUGUGUGUCUGAGUCUCUUAAAUCACCACAAAAAUGUCUGAGUUGAUGUUUGUAACCUAUUACUGCUGAAAAUACACCCCACAGUCAUUAAAAUGGACAUUUUUAGGGGGUUAAUUAUCAGACAGAACUAACUUUUCGUGUAAGAAGGCAAAAAUGUGGCCAUUGAUGAAUCGGUUUCAAAACAUAAUCAUAGAAAAUAACUUCUUAUUCAAACAUCCCAAACCGCUUUGCCCCAAACUGUAGGAAAAUUGUUUUAAGCAGACAAUGUAACCCAUGGGUACAUCUCAGCCACAGGGCCACAAUUGCUGUGUGCUUGGGGGGACCCACCGCUGGCUGUGUACAGAGAGAAGUGGUUGUGUCGGAAAAUAUGCCACAUAGAGGGGAAGUGGUUGGUGGGCAGUUGAUCUAACUCAAAUUUAUCAACAAGGUCUCUGUUUUUAACAGGAUUCUGUAAAAAUCCACAACCAGACCAAAUCCACAGAUUUUCUAUUGAAUCUCAAAAUGUAUUUUUCUUCUUCUGAAACUAUUGCUGUGCUCUGUAAGGGCUUGUUUUUGAAUCAACAGACAAGGAUAAAAAGAUACAAAAAUGUAAAAACUUCAACCUACACUGUCGUGUUAAGUGCCAGAAUAUUUCCCAUCUAAAGGAUAUGCACUGUGGUACACAAUGAGUAAGUAAUUUAGACACAUUAUCUAUGGUAAUUAGCUUGUACUUCAUAUUUUCUGCCUCCAUGUAGCCCGAUGGAGCACAAAAACAAUUUACUCAAUAUUAUCUGCAGUGUAAUAUCAAGCUAGGGUUCCUUGUCAUGUAAUUAUCUCACUCAAUCAGUAUUAAGUUGUUUUUACAUCCCACCCCUGCUCUCCCAUUCACCCUUCACUGUACCCGGAGCCAAGAGACCCCUGUGCCUGCGAGAAGUGAUAUGCUGACAGUCAGCUGAACAAACAAAGCUGAUCUGACAUCAUCAGUCUGUGGGAUUUUACUGCCAGUCAGAGGUUAAAGCAAAUCUUUGCUCUGACUUCAAAUCUAAACUUGAACUCCAGACAAUCUCCACUUUAUGAAAUUACAAAGCACACUGUGUAUUUAUUCAGUGACAGCUCAGUUUUUCUCAACAGCCCCUCUUGUGCUAUACAUGUUAUAUAGACAUCCUUGGUCAGCUGUCAAGUAUUAGAGCCUUACAAGCUCCAACAAGCUUUAACAUGAACAAUACUAUAUUUAGUUUUUGUUUUUUGAUGUCAAUUAUCUUCAAUUUGUUAGGUGUCUCUUCUUUUCUGCUUCUGUGUCUUAGUACUUACAAGUUUCUGCACCAUUUUCACCUUUUCUUGUCUUGUCAGAUCAGCUAUUUAACACUAAUCUGCAUUUUUAAGCUCUUCAAACAAGUUAGGAGUAUUGUUUAAAGUAGCCUCUGAGUUGUUUAUCAAUGCUAACAGAAGGUAGUAUUUUUCUCUGAUUGCCAACAGAAGGAGGCGAUCAUAAAAUUUUAUGAAAAUUUUACCCAGAAUUCCUUUCUGGGUGUUAAUUUGAUAUGUAUGAUGUGUGAUCACGUUGUCCUCGGUUUUGCCUUUGCUUUCGAAGAUUAAUAACCAUUAUCAAGGGGUUGACCAAUCAGAAUCAAGUAUGUAACACAACCAGGUGAAAAGUUAGAAAACUGCGUAGUAACUAAGUCAUUCUGAUUAAAUGUGGUUAUACAAUAAGACUAAUCAUUUUUAUCAAAGUUGGAUAGAUGCAUUAACUUGAUGAGAAAUAUUUUUCAAUGACUACAAAACCGGACUAAUGUGAUUUACAAACUAUGGCUCAUUUGCUUGAUGAAACUGUUCAGGAAAAUUCUCCUAUAUAAAAAAAAUGAUCGAGAGUUAAAAGUGACCACAAAAGAAAAAUGUACGUUGUGGAAAAUAAUACCGUAGAUGAAAUGAAAACUUAAUAUCUCACUGUUUCAUGGUACACAGAUACAUCAUUUCUUGCUUCUCCACAAUAUCAACCCUGGGUAUCACUCCUUUAACAUUAUAAAAAGAGGUGCCAUAAUGUAAAUACAUGACACACCGUGUUGUUUUUACUUAAUGUCAAAGGUCAGCGUGGUCUCGGCCUGCACAGGCUGGCUCUUCGUUUGGAGGCUUUGAAUACUCAGGUCCAGAGGCUGAGCAGAGAGAGAGACAUCACCCACCUGACCAGAGAUGAUCUCAAUCUGUUACUGCAGAGGUAAGUGCUUCAGAAAUAUGACAGCUCACACAAAGCUUACACUAUCUGUUUUUAUGAACUCAGAUUCAUUUUUCAGUUUCAGACAGGACCAGCAGGGCUUAGCCCGCCUGAUGGAGAGGGAGCUGAAGAGAGUGUCCCAGAGGCUCGACCAACUCAGCCGUCACCAUCAUCACCAUCAGACUCACACACCGACACCACAGUAUAGACACAGAUCAUACACAGGUAAAGACCAGAACUUUUUCACCUGACUUUUAUUCAGCACAAAUGAAUUAUUACUCACGAAAGCAGACUUUGAAGACACUGAAAAAGUCUGAAUCAACUUUUGUUCUUUCAUUAUCUAUGCAAGGUUUGGAAUGAUUUCACUCGCUUGGUAUUUUCACUAUAGACCUACUGUAUAUAUGAAGGUUUUUUUUGCAUACAAAAUGUAGUUUCAGAGACAGUUUUGCCUGUUGGUUCCAUAGUUUGAGUAUACACAGAAUACCAGGAUUUGAUUUCAGUAGAUCAAAACAGUCUACAUGAUUGACAUAACUCUGAUCUCUUUUUACAAGUUCUGCCUUAACUUGACAUUUCUGGAGGCAAAUAGGACCUUGUUUCGGUAUCAUAAAUGUUAUGGUUUUCUUUCAUGUUACAAGUAUCACUGGGCACGAGGGUUUUAGCAGGUGUUCGCUAUGUGUAAUUGGAAAUUUCCCCUUUUGGAACCAAAAAAGGAGUAUCUUAUCUUGUGUAAGAAAACAGUUGAUGUGGAGAACUAAAAGAUCCGAGACUACAAGAUGAUGUCAUAUGCCAACCCUGAGCUGGUUUGUUUCUCAGGAGUCACAAAUGAGGCAAGUGGGAGAAAAAAUGAAGUCUCCCUUUGGUCUUGAUAACACGGGCCAAAACUCUGAUCGAGGAGUGUUUGUAUUUUCACCCAGAAACAGCUGUCAUUAAAUAAUAUCUUAACAUUUUUGGACCAAAUACCAACAUUACGCUAUGAUUUGUCAUCUGCGCUUGUUUACAUCAUGGUAGUAAGGCAACAUAACUUUUUCUGGCUGUGGCCAUUAGCCCCAGUUUGUGGCAGGUAGCUGCACUACAGCUCCCACAAUCCUAAUCCUCUCCAGAGGUGUAAAUCUCUGUAAAUUUAUAGACAAUAUGUUCUGACAGGAAUAUUAUUUAACUGGGGCAGUGAGAAUUAGACAGAAUAAACAAGUGUUUCAGGUUGCCACAUACAAAUCUAACUCACUUAAGUAUACCUGUUACUUUUCUAAAAGCAGUUUACUGUCCAAGCUAAAAUGCUGAUUUUUUUGAGGGGGGUUGUUUCAGUUGUAAUGUGCUUUGAUAUUCUUGCAAAAUAAUAUAAAUUCUCUCCCUCAUUCCUUGCUUUUUCCAGCUUCAGUGAUUAACCGUAAUUGCAAAGCUGGGCUGCGGUGUACUGCUGUGGUAGAGUGACACUCUGAGUCAAAUACACAGUUUAGAGCCUCAAAAGAGGUUAACCACACAGUGAAAUUAACAAGCUGUGAUAAUGGAGGGUGUGAAUUAGAGGGUUAAAGGGCUAGUGUGUGCAGGUGGUUAUGGGGAAUGAAGUCCUUGAAUAGAAGUUUAACAAGUCCCUCAGAGCCGGUGCAGAUCAUCUGGCCUUGGGGAGGAGAAAAAGUUUAUGUCUCCGCUAUGACCCUCCUGAGAGGUGUCAGGCGAGAGCUGGGGUUAUGCACCCAAGUUGGCAUGCAAGACGGAGCAUGUGUGUGUGUACUUUCGUGUGUCGGCAUGCUUACUUUGUUUUUGGGCCACACAGACAUCGUACCAUGGAUAUGUCAGCAUGCACAUACUUAUAAUUUGUACAAAUGUGCCACCCGCAUACACACAAACACACUUCCCCGUCACCAGCCUGUUCACCCCUUACCCCUAUCCUCUCACAUUACCUCACACUCAUAAAAUAAGACCGAAUUACCCACGAGUCCUUUCACCAGCUUGUCUACUCAUGCUCAUGUUUUUGCAGAGGGAGCACUUUUUUCUUUUUUUUCUUUCUUCAACAGCGUAUCUCUGUUUUUAAGCUUUCGCACCCUGGCCACGCCAUCAGGUUUUUCUUAUCUUUUUUCCUUUUUAUGAGGUUGUUUUACAAAAUUAAGGACUGUGUGUUUUGGCAAAACCUUGCAUUGUAAAAAGGGUUAUGUUUGGUAGGAGGCAGGUGUGUCAGGUGUGUGUGUGUGUGAGUGUGUGUGUGUUCAUUUCACUUGAUUGACAUUGGCUAGAGGAGGUAGGGGGGCCUUACGGGAAGGAGGCCUCUGAGAACACACUGCCUUUACUCUAAAGCCUCCUGCACGCACAGCAACUCUAUACACAUGGUGCUGAUGGCUGCUAUUCAAUGUGAACAUUUGAGAGGUUGUAUAUCAAAGUUAUUAUCCUCUGUUCUUCAUCACCUGCAGUGAGUUAACUGUACAAUGUACCUUUUUGUUGCUAAUGCUCGGGGUUUUGGUAUAAUGAUGUAUUUUAAAAUAGUACGUGAUGGUUAAUGUGUUACCCAUAGGGCCCAAUGAGGAGUGUGAGGUGCCAAUGGAUCCUGCGUAUCCGCUGUGUGCAGAGAAAGUCAAGGUGAGAAGCUGGAAUUAUAUGUGGUAGCAUGUGUGUCUGCUAUUAUUGCUGUAUUUAAGUGCUUAGGUUUAUUAGUUAAAGUUUAUGUGCAAGUUUGAACAGAAUGUAAAAACAUUACUUAAACUGAUGAGAAUUACAUCAAAUUCUUGAAUUAAUCCAAGCCAGUCUUCAUCACUUAAACAUGACAUUGUGUCAUAUGAGUACUUGAAGGCAUUUAAAAAAUACAUUUACCCAAAUAAAAAAAUAUAAAACACAGGAUGAAAUAAACUGUAAAUACUACAUUGACCUGUUUAUAAUACAGUUUUUAUUUUUUCUAAAGAUAAAUCUUUAUUGGGAGGUUCACCUUACAUUAAGUAACCAAUUGCCAAUAUUGGUUCAUAACAGAGGACAGUGCUCCUUAUCUGUAAAGCAGGUGUAUAACCUGUUCUCAUAACUAAGGCCAGCCAUCACUUAUGAUUACUGCAGCAGGAGGAUGGUUUUUAAGAAAACUGCCAUCAAUGCAGUAGACUUUUGAGAAGGGGUGUGAGAUAAAUUUGCAAUAAGAUGAUUUGGGAUUAUACAAUAAUAAUAACAAGGUAAAGUAGAUAACAAACAGCACAGACUAAACCAAUUCACAGCUUUGACUCUUCAGUUUAAAAACACCAUAAAUUGAAGGCCAUCAGUAAAGUGCUGCUCUGUAGAAAGGUGGUGUUGUGCUUUUUUCAUCAUUUAAAAAUAAAUGUGAAGUUCAAAUGUUGGACGUCGAUACCAUAUAUGAACAAAGUUUUGGAUUACAAAGUUAAUGUGUGUUGAAGUGAUCUCUAAUGGGACUACAGGGUGGACUACACGUUUCUUGUUCUUAUAAAACAACAUCUUUGUAUUUGUGACGCUUUUUGAACUUUUCAGCCAAGAAAAGGACAACUUUUACUUUCAACCUGAAGUUUCAACCUUACUUUUAGAGAUACUUUUAGAAAGAAAGGAAAUGAAAAUAUAAACGUAACUGUAGCACAGACCUUCAAAACUCCCCUGUUUAAACAUACAAGCAUUGACAUCAUUGUUUUUUGUUUUUGUUUUUUUUGACACAACAAAGUCCAUCUUGUUGACAGACUUUAAACAUUUCUGUUUAUUCCUGUGACAAUCACAUGUUGGACACAUGUUUAAUACAUGUGAUUUAUGGGUUCAGUUUCAAUAACACAGUUACAUUUUCACAACAUGAAAUGCAUCACAAACAAAAGCUUGUUACUAUAAAUAUUUGGUUAGGAUCUCUUCCUGAUCUUGAAAAAGCAUCUGAUGGUCCUAGUGAAGAAAUUUCUCAUUUGUUUUAGGGCCUCUUUUUCUGACUUCAGAAGCUCCUGCUUCAGCUGUAGGCCCAUUAAUGGCUGAGCUCAGCUCUAUCUCAAUCUGCUCCAGGUUCUCCUCCUCUAUGUGGCAGAUAACAGCUGAUGGAUUAUAAGAUAAAGGACAUUCAGAGGCUAAAGGGCCUGGUUCUGCAGGCUCUGGAUGGAGGGCUUGAGUUUCCUCUCUUUUGGGGUUAUCCUCCUCUACAAAGUCAAGACGGAUGUCCUUAGAUGGAGGACAUUCAGAGGCUAAGGGGCCUGGUUCUGCAGGCUCUGGAUGGAGGGCUGGAGUUUCCUCUCUCUCUCUCUGAAGUGAAAUGGUAUUAAUUCAUGCAAAUGUCGCACUUAAUGUAACAAUCUCAUUGAGGUUUUUCAGAGCCCUCUCACCCUUUUUAGGCUCAAGCCUGGUGGUCUUUAUAAACUCCAUGGGAGUCUACAGGAAUAAAACAUUGUGUACAUGUCAGAUACUUAGUCCUGAAAUUAGUUUAUAGAAGAAAAAUCUGGUUAGGUUACCGCUUAGGAACAGAGUGAAAAUACCAUUAGCCACCACUUUCUAUCCGAGUGCCGGGUUGUCUUAAAGAACUUGUCUGUAAAAAUCCAGGCAUCAAGGAGACAAUCAUCCGGCUGACCAAGGAUGUCCACAAUGUUCCUGAUCUAGGACCAAACACAAAGAAGCACUCGACAUCAGGUCCAAAUGUGCAAUUCUUCUGACUUAAUUAUUAUAAAAAGUAAUAAAACAUUUCUUAUAUCAGGAUGAUUUCUCUCAGCCUAAUAUAGUUGAAGGUAACAAUAAUAACUGACUGAAUAACAGUGCUCUUUAAGGCUCACUAAUGCUUCCUGUAUUUAUGUCUGUUGACUCCACUGAGUAAUAAAGAAGUAGAGACAUCCCAAAAACUGACACCACAUGGAGCACACUGUCAAAAAGAUGUUGGGUUUUCUGAGACAUCUACUAAAGUAAAGAAAACAUAGACCACAAACAACCCCCAAACAGCAGCAUGGUAUGCUCUCUGGAAGUGUUAUAGGGCUGAUUGGUGGGACUACUUUUAGAAAUACUUUUGGCUUGUUCAAAAACUCAAACAAAAUUCAGUGAGAUCAAUAUGAGAUUUGCUUAAAUCAGGGCAUCUCUAUAAAAUGGCAAUUUUGGCAAUAUGGCUAAAUUUAUUACGUUAUAAAAAGAAACACAACUUUAUUGCAUGGCAACAGUAAAGGAGGUUUCAAGAAUGCUGGGGGAGCCUUAAAGGGACAGAGGCUUAAAUAAGCAGCUCAGUGAGAGGGAGUCAUUAAAUAGCCCUUCCUUCAGAUCAGACCUGUGCAUCCAUUGCACUGUAGCACUUUCCAACAGGCAUAAUAAUGAAACAAAUUUCUGGGCAGCAGAGGAGAGACAAGCAAGAUCAGGUACUUAGAGGCCAGGAGUCAAACCUGCACUUGUUGCAUGUUGAGCUGUAGCCUCUGUAUAUAAGCCCCCUGCUUCAGUAGCUGAGCUGACCUGCACCUUAAGAACAUAAAAUUAUUAUCAGCACCUAAUUCCAUCUUCUUUGUUGAUUUUAUUCUCAUCAAUAUUUUUUAAAUUUGUAUGCAUUUUUUUGGCAGUUUCUUCAUGCUCGCUGGCAGGCUGAUCCCUGUUACUCCUUUUAUGGGGUGGAUGGUACAGUCUGUUCCAUACUGACUUACCUCAGCCUUAUAGAAGACUUCUGUCCUCCUCAUCAGGGAAAAAAUGUCUCUGUGCUGCCAUGGCACCAGAAACCCUACACCUACACAGAAAAGGUAACACAAUAUUUACUUUGUGACUUUAAAAGUCACUGCUCAUGAUGAAUAUUUUUGCACUAACUUCUUAUGUCUCCCUGUGCUUGUGUACAGUCUGAGAUACGUACAACUCUGACCCCUCUAUAUGAGGUCUUCAGUAACGCCAGCGGAUCUGCCAUAGACUUCAUCCGGACUAGAGUGGAGCGGAUGUCUGACAGAUGGAUACAGGCUGGUCAGGGGAUGAGGCAGAGCCGAAACAGGACAGUGAUGAACCAGCUAAAGGUAAAAGCAUCCUUUUUAUAGCCUGUUGGGUAUUAAUGUUUAAAACUGACUUUAAACUUAUUCGUUAAACAUGGAAACUUUUUAGGGUUUUUUCAUUUAUGUGUUUUUCAGAACAUAAUUGCAAUUAAUAAAAUAAAAUAAAAAGGCAGAUUUUUAGACUUAACAACAUGCCUUGUUCCCAUUUUCCAGGUGUUGCUUUAUCCUGGCGCCCUGUCUGGUAGUGUUGGUCAGCGUUUUGAAGCCAUGGUAAACAGAGGGGGUCCCCUUGGAGAGCUGGUUCAGUGGGCAGACCUCAGUGCUUGUCUGACAAUCCUGGGACACAACCUCACCUUCAGUACCUCACAGCAACAACUCUUCAGGUCUGCAUCAACGUGAAACUAGUAUCUCUAAUCUAUGGAAACAUAAUACAUUUAAACUAGGGCUUCACAGUAGGCUAUGAAUGUCAGAGGUCCAGUUUCAGUAGAUAAAAGACAUUUUAGCUAAUAUUUGUACCAAAUAAGGUGAGACAUUUAUCAGGUGCACACAAAGAUAACUUACAGAAGCCAACUACAAGCUUCAGCAUGUCAGCUGUUAGGAAGUAUUUUGAUGUGUCAUAUACAAGAAAGCAAAAAAAAAAAAAAAACUAUUGCCAAUGCUCGUAAAACACUGCUAAUGGGAAAAAGAGUGAAACAAACAAACAUUAAAACAAACAAACAAACAAACAAACAAACAAAAAUUCAAAUUUGGCACCCCCUGUGGACAAAGCAGUCUUUGUUUAUCUUGUCCUUUAUGCUUAAAUUGUGUCUUCUGGCAAAAUAAACUACUCAUCACUCUGACUUUAUUAGUCAAAUCGAUCAUUUAUUAUGAACAUUAUCUGUGAAAAACAUAAAAAGAGGGCUGUUUUUCCAGCUGCUUGGCUGACACUUAUCCUCUUACACUGGUUUCAGGCAUUGCAAAUGACAAUAAUAACUCAUCAAUCGUGUUUCUAGGGUUUUUGUUUGCAUUCUUACAUUAAAAAAGGUUCCAAUGUUACUUUCUGUUCAGUUCACAGACCUCAAAAACUCCUUAUGGGGGCUUUAAUUGAGUACCUUAAGAUUUAUCAUCCUCAACACCUCCAUGAGUUUCUGAAAGUAAGAACAAAAAAGAAAUAUAGCAGCAAUCACUCAAUAAUUCAUUGCUCUUGAUGAACAGCCAUUUGGCAUUAAAAUGCUAAUAAUGUACUUGGAUCAGUUUGUCAUAUAUCAGCAAAUAUCCAGUUUACAUGUAUAAACUCUUGUAUUCUCCUGAGUCAGGUCUAUGAAGUGGCAGAAAAAUCAGUGCAAAGUGUUGCUUGGCUCUUAGUGUUGUUGUGUUGUGAUUGGUUCAGCCUGAUAGGUGCAGCUCCAGGCAGAGGUAGCUGUCCGAUCCAGAGGCCCCUGACCUUUGACCUCAUCUACACCGACUACCAUGGCCUUACUCACCUUCAAGGUGCCAUGGGGCUGGCUUUUCUGCAUUACCAGUAUGACUACCAUUAUUCUUAUACAAAUUUAUGCUUCUUGUGCAUAACUACUUCUCUGUUGUCUCAAUGAAAUUACAUCUUUGUUUAACUAUCAAUACAAUCAAUGGAGCGCCUUACUCAAAGUAAAAACUCAGUUUCAAAACACUGAUUUUAAAAUUCUAUAUUUUUGAGUUAUAUUAUUUUAGCUUCUUAGUGUUUGUGCAUGCUGCAGGUUUAUUUUAUGUAGAGCAGCUUUUACAUGAUGAAGGCAGCAUCACACAUCAUAAUUUUGUGUUCGUUCUGAAUUGAAAAAGUUGUAUAAGAGCACAUAUGGAACAUUUUGUGACACCCCGCAGGUGCCGUUUCAGGAUCUUGGACUCUUUUGGCACUGAACCAGCGUUUAACUUGGGCAGUUAUGCACGCAGCCGUGGAUAUAAAACUCUGUGGGGCAGCUGGGGUCUGCAGCCUCUGCAGUACAUGACCAUGUUCCGUAAGUGUCUGUGUGUGCACAGACUUUUAUCUGUGUCUGUAAUCAUGCAAACAUUUGUAUCAGUAUGUGAACAAAUCCAUAUCUGAGACAGUACAUGCAUACACACAUCUGCACAUGGUUCUAGCUUGCUGCUGCAGCAUAGACUCCUCACACACACUGCUCUAUGUGUCUCUACAGUGACAGGAUUAAUAGCUGAGGUUAGAUGAACUUGGUGCCCAGGCAGAACUUUCAUUGCAACACCUCUCGCUGUCAUCUUCUCCACCCUGCCAGGGGAUGGAGACAAGCUGGACACACUGGGCCCAGAGCCACUCUUCAUGCUUCAGACUGGAUCACUGUUUAUUUGUCCUGCUAUCGGGGUGGUGGUGAUUGUGAGCUGGUGGAGGAGAAGGGGCAGAGAGAAGCUUGAGAAAAGAGCGGGCGUGUUGUUUGUGCUUCAGUUUUGAAUACGAGAAGAAGGAGAUAGACAAUUAAACCAUAAAACAAAAGACAUUUUAUGCCAACAGAAUGUCCCAUCAGCAUGUUGUAAUACCUUUAACCAUAUCAAUUUGCUUUUGCAUAUCUCAGUGAAUCUGAUGGAUGAACCCAGACAGGUGUAAGAGACAAGUGAUGACAAAUAAGACUGAAGAGGAGGAUGGGGGGGGGGGGGGGGGAUUCUGCACUGCUUUAAGGGUCAGCGAGGGCAGAUCUACAUCAAAACCGGAUAAAGACACACAGACACACACACAUGCAAAUGUUAAAGAACUCCAAUUACACACUCUGACACAUACGCUCACCUUUCCUGGCACAUUCCUAGUAGUGUAAAUACCCAUCUUUCACACCCUCCCGGGUAUGUCAGAGGGCAGCAGGGUGGUAGCUGCCUAUCCAAACAGCCAGACUUGAACCUCUCAUGUAAAGAGAUUUCUCAUUCCCUCUAAGUGUUGUUUUAUGCUGCACAGCAAGUUCUUCCCUUCCUAACUGUUUUUCACCAGCCCAUCAUUACUGCCUCUCCUCCAGCUAUGUUUUUUUCCUUUCCUUUUUUGAUCAAUCUUUGUGAAACGUGUGCAGAUGUGCCAUGUUUAAUUAAAGCGAUAAAUAAAUUUCAGGACACUUUUGAGACAACUUUUACAACUUUGAAACUUGAGUAUGUGUGUAUGGUUUUAUAUAUUUCAAUGUCGUGUGCUUGGCUGACACUUCGACAGAGUAUUAAGGACACAUAAGAAAAAAAACUAAGACUUAGAGAUUAAAGUCAUUAACAUGCGAGAAUAAAUGAAUUAACUUAUGAGAAUAAAGUUGUAAUAAAACCAUUACUUAUGAGAAUAAAGUAGUAAAGUCAUCACUUAGGAGAGUAAAGUCAGAAUAACGUCCUUACAUUCUAACCUGUUGGUUAAGAUGACAGUUGUUGAAAUGAGAGCCAUGGAGCAUUUCAUGAAAAUGUACUUCAGUAAAGGUUUCUCAAACAAGGAGAUACUUAAUCUUUUGUCACAUAGGCACCACAUUAUCGUAAGUAUCAUAACUAUUUUAUUAAGACUUUAUUCUUAUAAGAAAUUAAUUUAUGAUUUUAUUCUUGUAAUUACUUUUUUACAACUUUAUUCUCAUUAGUAAUGACUUUAUUAUGACUUUAUCCUUGUAAGUAAUUACUUUAUUACAACUUUAUUCUUAUUAAUAAUGAAUUUAUUCUUGUAAAUUAGUGACUUUAAUCUUAAUCUUACUUUUUUUUCCCUUAUGUGUCCCUAAUACUCCGUCGCACUGACACUGAUACGCAUUCUGCAGGUAAUUUAUUUAUUUAUCUGUUUUCUCAUAAAUUUACUGCUCUGUUCUCCAGCUCAUACUCCUGAUAACUCCUUCCUGGGCUUUGUAAGCGAGGAGGCGACAAGGAAGGAGGUGAGAGAAGAGGAGCUGGAGCCUGACAGCUACAAGAAAGACAGGAUAGCAGUUGUCUACGGCAAACAGGACUACAUGUGGAAAGUAUGAUAGUUAAAACUGGUCAACUACAGCUUUGGAUAUAUAGACUCUAAGUUAGCAUGAAUCUUGUCAAGAAGCCAGCUGCAUGCCGCACAGCUGAUUAAGUCACGAGGAAUUUGCAUGCAUGAAUAUAGGCUUACAUUUCUCUUUGACAGGCAAGCACUUGUAUUUAUGUACACAUUCCAGGGUAAAUCUCAAUAUAUCGGGUUGAUCAGUGAACAACUGGAGACCCAUGCUACAGUCUACCAGCCUGCAGGACAUGCCUCCAAUCUGCCAAGCUUCAUAAAAAACCAUGGCCUGCUGACACAGGAGGAUUUCUUACGACUCCUCCGCAGAGCCAAGGUCAGAUUAUGCAUUUAUGUUGUAUAAGCUGCUUCUGCCUGCCCUGUCUUUAUUGUGGUUUCUGCUGGAUCCUUAAUAAGAUGCAGUUGUUGUGUCCUUCUAGGUGUUUGUAGGACUUGGAUUCCCCUAUGAGGGUCCAGCUCCUAUUGAGGCGAUAGCUCUAGGCUGCGUGUUUCUUCAGCCACGAUUUCAUCCGCCACACUCCUCAGUUAACAAUGACUUCUACAAAGGAAAACCCACCACUAGACAGGUAAACCACUCCUUAUAUUAAAGGAAAUUAAGUUUGAGUUGUGUUAAUUUUUGCAGCUUUAGAGACAAUGAUUACAUCUGUUUGACAGAUCUCCUCUCAGCACCCAUAUGCUGAAAACUUCAUCGGUAAACCCCAUGUGUGGACUGUGGAUGUGACCAACGAGACGGAUGUACGGGAGGCAGUAAAAGCAAUUGUACACACAGAGGUGGUGACUACAGAAGAUACAAAACUCAAGUUUGAGACAUGUUUAUAGACAGAAUUUGUAAUCCUGUGGAUCUGUCUUUAAAUGUAUGCAUAUAUCUCCGCAGGUGAAGCCCCUCACUCCCCGGGAGUUCACGUGUGAGGGAAUGCUGGAGAGGGUUUACAGUUAUAUCACUCACCAGGUAAAGAGAUGUGACAGUUUGCCAUAGAUGUUACACUCAAAUUACAUCUACAUCCCCAUAUUCAAAGCUUCAGAGUACUUUGUUUGGUUUUAUUCCCAUUUUUAACUUCUUCUUGAAUCCCUUCAGAGCUUUUGCACCAAAUCAGCCCCUUCUUGGCCACCAGAAAGGGCUCUAAGGAUUCACCUGGGUCCCUUGGGUCAGUCAUGUGUGAGCGUGUGCCGCCAGUCCUCUCAUGUGUGUGAGCCUGCUCUGUUUCAACACCUGAACACUCCUGCUGCAUUUACCAGGUAAGAACGAAGAGUUUAUACAGACACGUGUAUAUUAUACGUGUAGUCACUGGCCCCAACCAGAGCAAUAACCUUGCACAACUAUGAAUACUAUGUGUGCAUGUAACAUAAUGAAUAAGUCUGAUUUUUCUCUCCUUGUAGACUUGGUAUAGGCUGCUCCAGCACAGCCAAGGAAGCCAACCACCUGUUUCCUUCCUACAGUCCUUGGGGUCGACACUGCGGCCUUCAGCAAGAGCCUUUACUGUUCAGUUGUGCCGGCUCUGAUCCUUCACACCGCAGACUCUGUCCCUGCAGGGCUUACUUACCUGGACAGGUGGCACUGUGCCCUGACUGUCUCUGA